ACAUUUAUGAGCCUCACUCGGCCCGAAAAUUGCUCCCAGUUAGCAUCUAUGUAAAUUCACAAAAUCUAUAAAGUAGGACCCAAUUUGCCACUGCCAUCUGCCUCGACCUUCGUUUUCAGUGGAGGUGCUGCAGCAUGCCUUGCAUAUUUAAUCCGGGCUACAUUGGACCCGAUCCGCCCUGCUGUGACCCCGAUUGCUUGGAGGAGGGCCACUGCACGGUUCCGGAGUGCGGAGUUUGCCCGGAGUCCCAACUACCGCGAUGCAAUCCCGCCCCACAGUCCAACAAGGACGUGGCGAGGCCACCACUGGACCAGAAAGCCCAAAAAGACCCGAAGCCCCUGGAGCAGAAAUAGUGGGGAAAAAGGCAGAGCUGCAAGGAGCUUCCAAAAAUGAACCAGGAGUCCAGUGGAGAUGUGCUGAACACACAACCUUCUUCCGACAUGUUGCUAUUAUAUUCUAAAAUCUUGAGCUCAACCCAUGCAGCUCAUUAUCGCCUGGAAAUACAACCGUUAUAAAUCGAUCAUAUUUUAACAUAACAUUAAAAA